AUGAACGGGUCGGAGCGGCUGCCGGCCGGGCCCGCGGAGCAGCUGGGCGCGAACGGCAGCGGCACCGCGGAGCUGCGGGAGGGCACCCACGCCGCCACGCUGGCCGCCUGCGCCUCCCUGCUGGCCCUCGUCUUCUGCCUCGGCUCCUACGGCAACCUCAUCGUGCUGCUCUCCUUCUUCGACCCGGCCCUCCGGAAAUUCCGCACCGACUUCGACUUCAUGAUCCUCAACCUCUCCUUCUGCGACCUCUUCAUCUGCGGCGUGGCCGCCCCCAUGUUCGCCUUCGUCCUGUUCUUCGGCCCGGCCCGCGGCGUGCCCGGCACCUUCUGCUUCACCUUCCACCUCACCAGCUCCGGCUUCAUCAUCAUGUCUCUCAAGACGGUGGCGGUGAUCGCGCUGCACCGGCUGCGCAUGGUGCUGGGCAAGCAGCCGCACCGCGCCGCCUCCGCGCCCUGCUCGCUGCUGCUCACGCUGCUGCUCUGGGCCGCCAGCUUCACCCUGGCCACGCUGGCCACGCUGCGCACCCGCGGCUCCCGCCUCUGCCUGCCCAUGGCCAGCCUGCCCCGCGGCCAGGGCAGGCUCAUCCUCUACCUCUAUGUCACCGACUUCAUCUGCUGCGUGGCCGUGGUGUCCGUGUCGUACGCGAUGAUCGCCCAGGCCCUGCGCAGGAACGCGCGGGCGAGGCGGUGCCCUCCUGCCGCCGUGGCCGUGGGCACCGCCAGGGCUCAGCCCUUCGCGGGGCCCGAGGCCGUGCCCGCUCUGUACAGGACCCAGAGCUGCAGCAAGCCGCCCCACGGCCAUGCCAAGCUCCCCGGCCGGCUCCCGCUGGCCUCGGCCGUCAACCUGGCCACGGCCAAAGACUCCAAGGCGGUGGUGACGUGCGUGGUGAUCGUGCUCUCCGUCCUGGUGUGCUGCCUGCCCCUGGCCAUCUCCUUGGUGCAGGACAUGCUGUCCGGCAGCGGUGGCUUUGUGCUCUACCAGUUCGAGCUGUGCGGGUUUACCCUCAUCUUUUUCAAGUCGGGAUUAAAUCCCUUUAUAUAUUCCCGCAACAGCGCCGGGCUGCGGAGACGCAUGCUCUGGUGCCUGCAGUACGUGGCCCUGGUCUUUUUCUGCUGCAAGCACAAGACGAGGCUUCGAGCCGUGGGCAAAGGCAGCCUGGAGGUCAACAGGAACAAGUCGUCCCACCACGAGACCAACUCGGCCUACAUGUUGUCCCCGAAGCCUCAGAAGAAGGGUUUGGCGCAGGCGUGCGGUGCCAGCCACUCCAAAGACAGCGUGCUGAGCCCCAAGGCCUCCGCGGGGCAGCAGCAGCAGCACUACGGGCAGAGCAGCUCCACGCCCAUGAACACGCGGAUCGAGCCCUACUACAGCGUGUACAACAGCAGCCCCUCGGCGGAGGCGAGCACCCCGCACAGCCUGCAGCCCGCGGGCUCCGCCUUCGCCUUCUCCAAGCCCUGCGGCGCCGCGCUCCAUCCCUCGGGCAGCACGGCGGGGCGGGAAUGCGGCGCUGCCAGGCUCAUACCGCUGCCCUCCGUGUAGCCUCGGCUCAUCCCGGCCCUUCCAGAGGGCCUCCCGCUCCGCUCUGGGGAGGAACUGCUCCAAACUCCGUGAUGCUGCUGCCAGUGAAUAGAAACACCGCUCCCGUUUGCGUUGGAAGCAAACGCGGGGCUGUCGCCUCCUUGACGCGCUUUGGGGUUGCCGUGGAGAGCCAGCAAGGGGGAUAUUUUAGGUUUGGAAUUGUUGCGCGAGGGUGGUUUUGUUACUAAGUUUUACUGCU